ACUCACUUCCAAGGCCGCUUUCAACCAGUUUCGGCAAGCUCCGGCUCGUGCUUGCUCUUCCCUAAAGCACAACAUACGCAACAUUAAACACAAACUAAUAUGCAUAAUAUGUCCUUCGCGGUAACAAGGUAUCUCGUGUUCGGUGUGGAACUCCUAUGGCCGAUUUACGCCACGCUCGUGGCGAUGCGGACCACGUCCAAGAGUGAUGAUAAUCAGUGGCUGGCCUACUGGGUGGUUCACGCCUGCAUGUCCGUGCUGGAGGGAGUGGCGCAUGCGGUGGUGCAGUGGGUGCCGCUGUACUUUGAGCUCAAGCUCGUGUUUGUGCUGUGGAUGACGCUGCCGCAGACACAGGGUGCCCGCAUGAUCUAUGAGGGCAUCCUCGCGCCGCGGCUGGCGGCGUGGGAGCGCCGCCUGCGCGGCGGCUCCGCAGGCAACGGCCGCGGCGCCGCCGCCGCCGCCAAGGCCGGCAGUGAAAGGGACGAGCCGGCGGGCGCAAUCGCCGCAGCGAUACUUCAGAAUGAUGAAGACCGUGGCGAGGGCGGCAGCAGCAAAGUCAAGGCCAGCCUAAGGAACCUGUUCCACCGCACACACAAGUCCGAGGGGGCAGAGGAGGCGGGCGGGGUGCGAGGCAGCAGUGGCGGCGGCGGCGGCGGCGGCGGCGGCACGGCUGUUGGGGAGGGGCAGGAGGUCGGUGGCGUCGGCGGCGGCGGCGGCGUGCGCCUCUACUCUCCGCUGUCGGCGCACCUGCAACAGUCCUAGCUAGGAACUAGUAGCCAGUGGCUAAUAGCUAGUAGUACUGCUGGCCUGUGAUGUGGCAGAUGUGGCACCUGCACCGACUUGCACAUCUGCGCGGCUGCGCCUGCCAGCGACACGCGUUGGGGGAUCAUUGGACCAUUGGACCAGCACCAUUGGAGUUACGGUUCCAAACUUGUCGUGGAGGCAUCGGAUGACGGUGUUCUGCUGGUGCUACACGGUACGUGGCCCUGGCUCAGUUAGCCACACUUCAUUGCCUGCCAGUGAUCAGGCGCAGUGCUCUGUUCGGAGGCCUAUUGUUGGGUCGGGUUUGGAGGGUUGAUGAAGUUUGGAGUCAUGUGUUUGUAACAACAUAGGCAA